AUGCAAUUUUUCACAUGGGUUUUAAACCUUGUUCUGAUAUGUUCAUUACUCGGUAACUUCUUCUCAGAAAGUGCUUAUUCACCAAAGCCUCCAAUUUGUUCAGAACAAGAUAGAGCUUCUCUUCUCACCUUUAAGGCAAGCAUUUUGAAGGACACAACAGAUACCUUAUCUUCGUGGAUAAGCCGCGACUGCUGCGACGGAGGGUGGGAAGGAGUUCAAUGUGAUGCAUCCACAGGUAGAGUUAAUAUGUUGCAGAUACAAAGUCCUGAUGUUAGAGAUAGUGGCAGUUUUAUGAAGGGAACUCUUUCACCAGCACUAGGUAAUUUGCAGUUCUUAGAGGUAAUGAUGAUAAGUGGAAUGAAGCAUAUUACAGGACCAAUUCCCUCUAGCUUCACGAAUUUAACUAACCUUAAACAUCUUGUUCUUGAAGAUAAUUCACUUGGAGGGUGCAUUCCUCCAAGCUUGGGUUCUUUGUCUUUGCUCGAAACCCUUUCAUUGAGUGGUAACCAAUUGAAAGGACAGAUCCCUCCAACAAUAGGGAAUCUGAAAAACCUUGUUCAAGUUAAUGUAGCGAGAAAUUUUCUGUCGGGUUCUAUUCCGCUCGGUUUCAAAAGCCUUAGAAAUUUGAAUUAUCUUGACCUCAGUUACAAUUUGUUAUCAGGGCCUAUCCCUGAUUUUGUUGGUGAGUUUCGAAACUUGACUAAUCUAGACUUGUCUUAUAACCUACUAACAGGAAAAAUUCCGGUUUCUUUGUUCAGCCUUGUGAAUCUUGUAGACUUGUCUAUGAGCUAUAACAAGCUCACAGGAAACAUUCCAGAUCAAAUAGGAAACCUGAAAUCACUGACAAGUCUUCAACUUAGUGGCAAUCAGCUAACAGGACAUUUUCCACUAUCCAUAUCGAAAUUGCAGAAACUUUGGUACCUUAAUGUGUCGAGAAAUGGAUUCUCGGAUCCCUUACCAGCAAUUCCUAUCAAGGGUAUUCCUUCCCUUUUGUCCAUAGACCUGUCUUAUAAUAAUCUCAGCCUUGGAAGUGUUCCUGAUUGGAUCAGAAGCAAACAACUUAUACACGUGCGACUAGCCGGGUGUAAAUUGAAGAGCGACCUUCCGAGUUUUGUCAGACCCGACUCUUUGAGCUCUAUAGACCUGUCAGAUAACUUUCUGGUUGAUGGUAUCUCAAACUUCUUCACAAAUAUGUCUAGUUUGCAAGAUGUCAAGCUCUCAAACAACCAGUUGAGGUUUGACAUUUCUAAGAUAAAAUUGCCAUCUGGGUUGUCUUCAAUAGAUUUGCAUUCAAAUCUUUUGAUCGGUUCGCUGUCAACAUUCAUAAAUAACAUGACAAGCAGCUCUUUGGAGGUAAUUGAUGUCUCAAACAAUUUCAUUUCUGGUAACAUUCCAGAAUUCGCAGAAGGGUCAAGUUUGAAGAUACUAAACUUGGGAAGCAACAAUCUAUCAGGUCAGUUGCAGAACCUACAAUGGCUUGAUGUAUCUAUAAAUGGAAUAACAGGACAAAUCCCAAGUAGCUUCUCACAGAUCACUAAUCUCAAGCAUGCAAGUUUCAGAACAAACAGGCUGUGUGGAGAAAUUCCACAGACCAGACCUUUCAACAUCUUUCCACCAGCUACUUAUGCCCAUAAUUUGUGCUUAUGUGGCAAACCCUUGCAGCCUUGCAAGGCAUAG